AUGUCCAACCAACGUGGCCCUCGGUUGUCACGCAGGGACCGACAAGAAGCCUCCCUCGACAGAUUACGGCGGGAUGUCCAGAAUCAAGGAUUACUGGACGCGCUAGACUCGUUCCCAGCACCUGAAUCGUUCACCUUCCAACACACGCGAAAGUCCGGCCACGACACCAUCAUGCUAUGCCUUGGAACCCGAGCAAAUACAGGUAGCUCAACGUGUGAAGCAUGGGCACGCAUCGUCACGGCUGAAAGAAAGGAUCUCAAUCCGCCCGUCGUCUUCUACUGCCAGGAACUUUCAGAAGAUGGAACACGAACUUUCCAGUAUCCCCGGUCAGCUUCCUCGCUCCUACGCAAAGCCGCAGGUCUGCAGCCACCGUUCUGCUUCCUACAACACGACCCUUUCGAUGAAGCAACAGGUGUGCGGGAUAUGCUUUGUGCAGUCAUCCUCUACCAAGCAUUGGUGACGGGCGUUGAGACCUGCGCUUUGCAGUGGGCACAAUUUGGUGACAGCCUGAGUCAGGCGCUCCGGUACAUCGACUCGCGCGACGCGUACCAUCAAUGGCGGCAUGAGCAGAAGAUUGCUGCAAUCAGGCGCCCAGCAUCCAACGAAGCAAGCAAGCAACAUACCCAGAAAGAGGCUGAGAAAGAGACUGAUGAGGUUCGAACCGAUGAAUUUGCUGCGGAGGAGCUGCGCACAGUCAGCGCUACGAGUAGAGACGAAUACACUGGCGGCGUAGUACGGCCCAGUGGAAGCCGCAUCGUUGUCAAGCCAAACACCUCUCUUUCAAAGUUGAAGGAACAACUUGGCGAUGCUAAGUUCCAGAAUCUCGACAAUCUACCGUCCAGACCUAUGACCAUUUCGCCGCACAGUCUUGGUGAACCCUACUUCCCUUUCCGGAUGCUAGUUGGCACUCACAGCUACGAAGAUGGCGAACCUGCCGAGGUUUAUGUCUAUCUUACUCAUGACGGACCUAGGAACGCUGCCAUGAGGUUUCUGAGCCAUGAUACCGCAGGCGAAGAGGUGUCUUGGACGAUCGAUGAGCUCCAAGACAUCACUUUGUUUGAGCCUUUCGAGUAUCUCAACAAUCUGAAGCUGAAGUCGAAUGGGACGAGGCCAGGCAUUUCUGCGCGCGCAGCGAAGAUUCGGAGUGUGAUAUCAUACUACUUCUUCCUGGCCGAGAACGAAGGUCUGAUUGGAGACCCCCGGGUGACGAUAGGCGAGGCGUUCGGCAAGCGACUGUGCGCUGCAUGCAAAGAGCUACAGGAAGUAGACUUUUACAAUAACGACAACGGCGGCAGCGACGAAAGUGAAGACAACCAUAACGAUGACACCAAUAUCGAAAUCCCCGUUCACAAGCUCACAGAGCCCGUGUAUGAGGCCGAAGAGGCAAACACAGAACUUGCUCGACAGGAGGAAAGCGACAAUGAGCUAACACGAAUCGUGAGAUUGAGGAUACAGCCUGAGACCUUGAAGGACAUCAUCAGGAGCGGGCCGAUCAAGUACAGGGGAGCUAUACCGGAUGGGGAGACUGCACAGGAACAGGGUCAAACUAGAUUUGACAAGCUACCUCUGGAAGAAACACCGGGCGAAGAUGUACCCACACUUCAACUCGGGAUGCGUCCUUCGCCUCAAGUCACUUACGAAGCUUCUCAAUCUCUGAUGAAUAACCUCUCCAAUCAGGUCGAUACGCUUAUUGAUGUCGUUGAGGCGGAAACAUCCCGUAAGAAUGGCCCUCACAAGGAGCGGGCACACACCCCGAACAAAACAGCGGGCUCAGACAUUGAUGGAGACCAACGCUGCCACGACGUCAGCUCAAUUCUCCAUGAUGCUAUUUCGCACGAGGAGAGUGAGCUUGAGAAGCUCCAGCAGAUAUGGGCGGCUUUCCAAGAUUUCCGCAACGAUAUGAGGGCUGCUGGCAUGACGGCAGACAAUAACAACCUAGAACUCUGGGGGCUGAAUCAACCGGGCAUGUGGCAAGAUCCACCAGAGUAUACCAAUGAGGUAAACAGGAUUCGUAAUCGAUUAAAGGCGCUUGGCAAGCAGAGGAAGCUGCUGAAUCCUGAUGAAUUUGAUGCGACUUCCGCGGCCGACACAACCGCUACAGAAGAAGAGGGAGCUAUCGCACGCAUGAGCAGCGUACACGCAACAGCAAUUGGCACCACGUCAGAAUUUCAGGAGACAUUGGCAAUCGACGGUGUGGGUGCUGGUACUGAGACGAAAGACCCACGUCCAUCAGCAGAUAAGCCGACCCAGGAUCCACACACGAUUCUUUCUGAGAUCGAGAGUGAAGACGAAUCUAUUCCAAUGGAUAUUUGCUCGGAACCAUCACCAGCACGGAGCCGCUCCCGUACUCCAUGGAUCUCGAUGUACAAAAGUCGGGCGAAUUCAAUAUCCGACGAUGCGCUCAUGAGCGGACUUGACGCUAGUCUUCUUGUGGCGAAAGUCUUGGACAACAAGCCUUCCACGCCCGAAGGCAGCGCAGAACGAGAUUUGAAGGCUCAAACAGCAGCUGACGAUGCAACAGAAGCUCUACCGGAAGCAUUUGAGAAUACCGAAUUGUCUAGUGACGACGAAGUUGACAAAUUGGCGCUGCUAGCCUCAAGGAACGUGGUGGAGCGAACGCCGGAAGCCAGAAAUCGACCUGUUGAUUUGACACAGCUGUCGUCUAGUCCGCGAGGGAAAAAGAGGAAGUCAGGACCCUCCCAUGUACCCGACAGCGAUGACGACGACAUAAUCGAAGAAAAGGACGGUAGAGACUGGCUUCGGAAAUCUUUAAAUCGACGGAGAUAG